CUGAGAACGGCGAGUGCAACACAGUCUUUGAAUCGGCGGCAGACAGAGUAGGAGAUUAUCACAUCAAUGGCGGUUCCUGGUAGGCGCAAUGGUCUGAACGAUGACGAUGAUGAAGAAUCCAACGGUCUUUUCGAAGAAGAAGUUCUCGUUGAAGAAUCUGACACUCCUCCUCAUCUUCGUGACCUCUCCCAUGCCGCUCAAAACGGCGACCUCAACGCCCUCCGCCUCGCAAUCGAUAAUUUGAGUGGUAGUAUUGAUGAACCGGUGGAGGAUGGCGAUACGGCUCUUCAUUUGACCUGUUUAUAUGGCCAUUUUCAAUGCGCACAGCUGCUACUAGAAAGAGGAGCUGACUUGGAGGCUAAGGAUGAAGAUGGGGCAAUUCCUUUGCACGAUGCAUGUGCGGGAGGAUUUUUGGAGAUAGUCCAACUUCUAUUUAACAGAGCUAGUGACUCUGAGCAUAUCAAAAGGAUGCUAGAAUCAGUUGAUUCCGAGGGUGAUACUCCUCUUCAUCAUGCUGCAAGAGGUGAGCAUGCUGAUGUAAUUAGGUUGUUGCUGUCUAAUGGCGCGUCAACCACAAAGGAAAACUUAUAUGGGAAGACCCCUGCAGAGUUACCUGAACACAUGACAGAAGCUAGGAGGUUGCUUGAAGCUGCUGCUGCUGCCAUGGCAAUCUAAUAGAACUAGCAUGGUGGUUAGUACAAAUAUCUAGUUUUGUUUUGAUAGUUCAUUCUGUAUCACUCACUGUAUAUUCAUUUCUCCUUGUUCUGAUUUAUCAAGGAAGUAACUUUUUGAAUUAUGACUUUGGAGAGUUAAAAAUUGAGGAUUCAGGAGUCAAGUUAGGACGACCUGGUUUAUUUUUG